GAAGACGAAUGCCGUAAAUUAGUCUGUAAGGCAGUUGAAGCUGGAAUGCAUGGGGAUGACAUGUCUGGGAAUGCAUACAACAUCGCUAUCUUCACUAAAAAUGGUAAAAAGAUGGAAGGGCCAUUUGUUCCAGCAUUUUCAAAGCGUAGCGAAUUGGAUGGAAAAUAUAUUUUUGAGCCUGGAACUACUACUGUUCUCAAAACAAAAGAAAUUCAGAAAGAUGUGGAACUUUGCGGAAAUUUUGUUACGCCAAUGGAGACUUGA